GUUAAGUAGAUAAACAGCUGUGCUUUAAAUUCCAAGUAACAUUGUUUUUUAUUUUUUGUUAAUAAAUAAUGUAAUAUUUAAUUUAAAUGUGAUUUAAAGAUACGCUAUCGCCUCUAUUUAUAACUCCAAACAGUUAUUCAUACAUGUUGCAUAAGUGUUAGAAGAAAAAUUUAAGUGCAGUAUUUUCGAAAAUGGAAACGUCUUCGAGCAGUGACUGGUUUCAAGCAAAACUUUUGGGAAAUGGAAGCUUUGGCAUCGUUUCUUUGUGGAAAAAUAAAAAAACUGGCGACAAAUUAGCAAUAAAAACAUGCAAAAUGAAUUUACUAUCAAAUCUUACUCCAAGACAAAUAGAAAGAUGGGAACUUGAAGUAUCAAUUAUGAAAAAUAUAUCUCACAAAAACAUAGUUGCAUUUCAUGAUUUAUCUCCAGCUUUAAAUCAGCAACUUCUAAAACAUAAUCCCACUGGAUUACCAAUAAUGUCAAUGGAGUACUGUGAAAAAGGAAACCUUAGAAGUCAGCUGAAUAUGAUAGAAAAUUCGUGUGGCUUAUUUGAGCAAGAAGUUCGAGAAAUAUUACAAGAUAUAUCACAAGCACUCAAAUAUUUGCAUAUCAAAAGAAUUACUCAUCGUGAUGUGAAGCCAGAAAAUAUAGUUCUUCAACUAUAUAAUCACAGAAAAUCUGCUACAAUAUACAAACUGAUUGAUUUAGGAUAUGCCAAAGAAAUAACAGGAACAGCUAGUUUUGUGGGUACUCUCCAAUAUUUGGCUCCAGAAAUUUUUCAUAAUGACAAAUACAGUCAUGUGGUGGAUUAUUGGUCCUUUGGGAUAACAACUUUUGAAAUUAUCUGUGGUUUUAGGCCAUUUGAUGUACCCCACAUGACCCCUUUUAAGAGUUUUCAGAACUUAAGGAACAAGGGACCAAAUGAUAUUUACAUGUACAGAAAGGAAAACAAUGAAAUCUGUUUUUCCAGUGAAAUAUUGAGAGAAAACUUCAUCAGUCAAUGUUUAAAGCAACAUUUAGAGAACUGGUUAAGAACAGUUUUGGAAUUCAAUCAAAAGCAAAGAGGCAACCUGUAUCCUAACAGAGAUGCUUUUUCUGGCCUUCAGGAAAUUCUAAAUAAAAAAAUUAUUGUAAUUUUUUCAAUGUAUACGUAUGAAUUUUACAGUUAUGAAAUAGAGGAUAGUACUGUCUUGUCUACUGUACAAGAUUGGAUUUCUAGAGAUAUUAAAAUGCUCAAAACAGAACAAUUUCUGAUCUCUAAUGACAGUGAAUCAGUUCAAAAGGACCAGUUUGCUGUCAGAUAUUUUUCUCAGGACAACGACACAAUGUUAUACGUCUUCAAAAAGGAUGUAUCAGUCAACAAAAACUUUUAUCAUAAACUGCCAAUAUACGUCCGAACUCUGAUAGAAGACGCCAGUAAAAUGUAUCGCUCUGACGACUUAAAAAAUCUUUAUAAACAGGCAUUGUUUUACGUAUCAAAAGAAAAGAAACAUAUGCAAACAUUUGAAAGGGGCAUGAGUAGCUUGAACAAAAUGUUAUUACAAACUUAUUCUCAAAUCAAAGGGCUUCUGUUCCAUGCAAGGCAAAUGGUCGUUAAAUUGUUACAUCGAAUUAAUUUUUGUAGAGACUUUGAAAAGUCUCUUAAAGACAAUGGGUCCUUUCCAAACAAAAGAUUAGAGGCGAACUUGCGAGAUUAUGAAGACUUAUUAAACAAAGCUAAAGAAUGUGUUAGAUUGUAUAAAACAUAUUUUUGUAGAAAUUUUUGUAUUAAUAACAAUAUUAGAGGUUUGCAGAGUAUUUUUGAUAAUAUUGAGAGAAAUUUUAAAGACUGUGAUAUAUCUUCAAGUUAUGACGAAAUUUUGUUCCAUAUUAAAACUAUGGAAGAAAACCAAUCAAAAGUUAACUUGAAAGUCGUGAAAGCCCUAGCAGGUGUUAUCAGAAUGAGAGAUAAACUCCUUAGGAUUCCUACAAUUAAUGAUUUUGUCAGGAAUGUUAUCAAGUGCCUUUUGAAAAUCGAGAAGUUCAGUACCGUCUUAAACUGUUUUAUUCAAGAUGUGGCUAACAUUUGUAAUAGCAUGGAGAGAAAUAAAGUUCUAAGGAUUAGAAUUGUCUACGAAAAUAAAAAUGGUGCCAUAAGUACUUCCAGUCCCUCGUUUUCUUUAAAUGGUUGUUCACAACUAGAUCUCAAAAAAAUUUUGGAGGAAAACGAAUGCUGGCGAUACAAAUUUGAAGAAUUUAUCAACAGUAAUCUACAAAAUUAUAAAGAAAUACGUCUGCAGGAAAACUAUAAUUUUUAAAUGCGUUUUAAUUACCUAUUUUUAUUUUAUUUAGUUUAUAUUCAGCAUUUACAAUAUCGUAUUUUUAAGCUCAAUGUGUCAAUUAAGAUUUGCAAAAAUGUAAGGCUGUUAGUUUUUUGUUGUGAUAUUGAUUUUUUGUUGAUUAGUUAUGGAUUUGAGUGAUUUUUAGAACGUCCUGUACAAUACUGUUAUUCUCUAUUAUAAACUUUUAUACUUUUAUAAAAACAUUUUAUGCUGUAGAGAGUAU